AUGGCAUCCCCUCCGACUCAGUCGCCGCCUUCGCCUUCUCCUUCUCCCAAGACCUCUCCGCCAACUUCCUCGCCGACCCCAACUCCUUUGGCGGCAACCCCACCCACCGUCUCUCCAACGUCCCCUCCGACAUCGGUUUCUCCAGCGAAGAGCCAGUCCAAAAGUGUGUCUCCACCGGUGAGCGCUCCUAAGAAAAGUCUAGUCGAUGCUUCACCAGUUGCAGAGGGUCCUGAGAUUGCAGCGACCCCAUCGUUACCAGUGGGCAUUCCUUUGAGUUCUACAACACCGGCAGGAUCCCCGGAUAAUGUUGCCCAGGGUCCAUCAAGCGAUGAAUCGUCUGCUUUGGGUUUGAAUGCGGUUCGGCUAGUUUUGAGCGGGCUGUCUAUCUGGUUUGCUUUGGCUCUCUAG